GUUAAAAUUAUUAAUUCGAGACUUAAUUUAUAUUUAAGCACGAAUAACAUUCUCCAACAUAAUAAUCAAGCAGGUGUACAAGGAGCAUCUUGCAAUGAAAUUAUUUUAUACAUUCAAUCUAUUAUAGAACAUCAAAAAGAUACAAAUAACCCGUUAUAUCUUUUACUCCAAGAUCUUAGUAAGGCUUACGAUAGAAUAGAUAUUCCCUUGCUUUCGUUAGCUUUAAAAAGAAUUAACAUACCCCCUAAUAUAAUCAAUUUUAUAGAAAAUCUUUUUAUAGGACAUCACAAUAGAAUUAUAUUAGCUGAUACUUUAUCUGAUCCUUAUGAAUUAAAAUAGGGUAUAAUUCAAGGAGAAAUAAUUUCACCGCUCUUAUGGGUCAUUUAUUACGACCCAAUGUUCGCCGCCAUCAAUGAUUCCCUAUACGAUGGAUAUAAAUUACAUGCAACGCUCCCGAUGAAUAUUUAUCGAAAAGAUGAUUAUCAUGAAGAAAAACUAGAGUUAAAAUUGAUUGGAUACCUGGACGAUACCACUUGGUUUGCUAAUAAAAUCGAUGACCUAGUAGCCAAUUUAGCAAUAGCAGAUGAUUUUUAUUCAUUAGCUAAUAUCAAAAUCAAUAAGGAGAAAACAAAAUUAUUAACGAAUGAUAAAACACUUUUAGCAAAAGAUGACAAACAUAUUCCAUUUUAUUUUGGUAAUGAUCUUAUUAAUAUAGAGAUAGUCCCGAAAAAUAGUAAUGAAAGAAUUUUAGGUAUAUAUGUUAAUAUCAACAACUCACCAACUUUUACCUACAAAAAGAUCAAAAAGAUGUUACAUUAUAUUUGUUAUAAUUUACGAAAGAAAAAAAUCACGCACGAUCACGUGAUUUACUUCAUUAAUAAGGUUCUUCUGCCAAGGAUAGAGUAUUUAACGCAACAUAUUUUAGUUCCACCACAUAUUAUUAAUGAGUUUAAUAGAAUUAUUAGGUCUAUCUACAAGCAUUCGUUAUCCUUACCAAAAUCUUUUUUUAAUUCUGUUAUACAUAAUCCUAUUUACCCGAAUAUAUUAAAUAUUUGGGAUUCACAAUUGCGCGCUCAGGCGUCUUUAUUAAAUGCUCAAAUUAAUAACCCUAUAACUUCUCCUUUAAUACAAUUUCUUAUCCUAACAUCACAAAAUCGAUUAUGGACAAAUGAUAUUGGUGAAACAACCAAAUAUUUCCAUAAACCUAUGAAAUUAUUUAAUAGAUUAGAAAAUCUUUUAUGUAUUUUCCACUAUUAUAAUUUAUCGUUCUUUCACUCAAUUAAAUACCAUGUUACUGGUGGUGUACAUCCUAUAAGUUAUUUUAUUUCAGAUCCAAAACAAUAUUUUAAAUUUUUACGUUCUUUAAAACAUAAAGAUAUAUUCUUUUUAGACCAAAUAAUUAGUAAUGAUGGCGCUUUUUUAAAGACAUGGAAAGAAAUCAAGAAAACACUCAUAUCUAAAAGUGGGCGGCGUCCCAAAUGGUAUGAUUUUUUAAAGGAAAACAUUGUACUCAAUAAUAAUACAAAUAGACUACAAUUUACAACAAAUAAUAAUAACCCUUCACCAUCACAAAAUUUUACAAGACCUAAAAUCAUCAAAAGUAACAACCGUAGUUUACCAUGCAAAAAUCAAUGGACAAGCUUUUGGUCUCCCCGUUACUCUGACAUUAUAUAUAUCAAAAUAAUAGAAAAAUCACAUUUUCCUUCAGAUGUUCCCAAAGUCUAUGGUGAACAUCAUAUUCCUUUUCGCGACCCUAUACCACAAGAUCCUAGUUUAACCCCUCAUUCUAUGCCUAAUUUACUAAUACCUUGUCCAGGUUGUGAUUUACAUGAUUCCUUUUACAUAGGAGAUAUACGUCCACGAUGUAUUAUUAGUUUCCCUUCAAAUAAUACAAUUUCAGUACACGCUAAUAUAUAUAGAAAAAAUAAUAAUAGACAAAAUAACAUUUUUAUUGUACACAAAUCACACAGUGAAACACGUGCUGAUGUUUUUAUAGAUUACAAUGAAUGCAUUAACCCCAAUUUUAGACAAACAGAAAAUAUUAUUCAACAUUCUCCUUUGUUUAAUAACAUUUCACAAAAAAAUUUUCAAUUAAUUAAAACAAUUUUAUUACCUUUUUCUAUUCAUAAUUUUUUUUUCUCUUUCGCAAAUUUAAUUUCAUCUUUUAAUAGUUUAGAGUUUUACACUGAUGGUUCUCUGUUAAGAUAUAAUGAUUCUUCCAUCAUGGGUUUUGGAUGGAUUUUAACUAAUGAUAUUAAUUUAGAUCUAAAAUUUAGUGGAAAAACAGUUGAAUGGGCCAGCUCUACUAGAGCGGAAAUUUUUGCAAUUUUAACAUGUUUAAUUAUCUGUCCACCUAAUAGUCACGUGACCAUAUUUACUGAUAGUCAAUGUGCGAUAGACACGUACUACUCACUUCAACAUUAUAAAAUGACACCUCGAAGAUUACAAAAACUCAAUAAUGUUCUUUUAUGGCAAGCGAUAAAGUGGAUAAUCCAAUCACUUAAUUUAACAAUAAAACUCAACAAAGUACAAGCACAUUCAGGAAACACUUAUAAUGAUAUAGCAGACACAUUAGCUAAAGCAGGUUGUGAACAACCGGACAUAAUAUCUAUAUCACCAGUAGGAGUAAAACCUCAGAAAGGCUAUAUAAAAUUUAAUGAAGAGUUUAUCAUAGAUCGUAAUAUAAGGAAAACAUUAAAAAAACCAAUCAAUUUUAGAAAUAUCGAACGUCAAAUAUCGCAUCGCUCUCUACAUAUUAUCAAAACAUUUACUCUAGAACAUCGCAUCAAUUGGGAAUACACACAGUAUUGGAUGUCUUUUAACCCAUUUCACAAGGCAACAUCACAAACAUAUAGUAAACAUGUUAGUUGGCGGAUGAAAUGCUCUAAUUACGCCUUACCCACUUUAGACGCUUUAAAUAGAAAUUACCCAGAUAUACUAAAAGGUUUUGAUACCUGUUUCCUAUGUUCUAAUUCAACAGAAACUAAUGAACAUUUCUGGACUUGUUCUGAAUCCAUAAAUAUUUUGAAAAAUAUUUUUAGAAAAUACGAAUCAAUAUAUAACUCGCUUAUCAUUAACAACAUCAAUUAUGAUAAAUUUAAAAAUGAAAUUCCAACAAUAACCGAAUCUCCAGUUUUUACUUGUUUUAAUUCAAAUAUCUCAACUAUCUUUGACGCUCCAGAUCUUCAUUGCAUAUUAAUCAAUAUGAUUCCCUUCUCUAUUAUUAAACCUUUCCAAGACGCAAAAAUUUCAAAAAAAGAAAUCAAAAAAUUACUUUUAACAUUCCUUUUCGACUUGCACAAAGAUAUUUAUGAACUUUUAUGGAAAGUUCUGACCUCUAAAUGGAAACAAUAUAAAUUGGAUCUUGGUAUUACAAAAUCCACCUUCACCAAACGAAUUAAUACUAGACGGGAACGUAAACGUCAAAAUAAUUUUGAUAUAUCUCAUAAUAAUCCAUUGAAUGACAAUAUACUUAAUAUUGGAUAUUCCAAUCCUUUUAUGACUUCUACUAGAAACUUAGAUGAUUCUGUUCUUUGGAUCUAUUUAACUAGUUCGAAUUUCAGACAUAACCUUCCAUGGAUUAAUUCAUUAUAUUUAACGAUAAUAGACUCUAUUCAAUUUGACACCAAUUUAUUUUAUUAUAAUAUAUAACCCCUUCGCACGUAGUUGCUUUUAAUAGUCUAUACUACUCUAGAACUAUUGAUUUUCUAUAUAUAUAAUUUUUUUAUUUUUAGGUUCUCUCGUUACGGAUGGGUCUUUAGGUUUUAUUUUUUUCUUUUCCCCAUUCGAAGUAUUAGCGUAGUUCUAGUAGUUUG